GAUCAGCAGUAAUAUUGUGGUCGUGUUUUCACUGUGGAAAGCCUUCAAUGGCUGUUGAAUGUGGAAACAGAGUUUUGUGUGUUUGACUACAUAAUCAACAGACCAAUUUUAAAUUAUUAGGAUAUAAUUGCAAGCAUUUGUAAUACUCAGCUGUGUCUCUUUGUUUCUUUGCAGCUCCAGUGAAGUAGGGACCUCCUCUUUCUGGUUUCUGACAAUUGCAGGAAUCAAAGGUUUUGGAAUUGUGGACAGUUCAUGUGCAUCUCCCAUGUGAUAUGGCUAGGGUCCUUGAGUGACAGAGAAUCAAAGCCAUUGGACAGACUCAGGUAACUUCUCUUCCUUGAUGAGAAAUUUGGAUAUAGACAAAGAAUGCAAUAACUUCUUUCUUGCUCAUAUUGUUCUCUUAAUUUUGAAAAAAAUACAAUAAAAUGAAAAAUCUCUUUCAUCCAUCUCUAGAUGGUAGUCGGCACAAAGCAAAUUGAAGUUGCUAUAUUGUCUUCUAGUCUUAGAAUCAAAGUCGAAAUGGUCCCAAAAUACUUGUUUCUUUCCAUUCUCUUGCAUGUGGUUUUCCCUUUUCUGAAACGUUUCUACUUCAAAUUCCAUACAAGCCUCUCAAUGGACACCUUACCUGGGUGUGCAGUUGCGGUCAAUUAACGCGAAUUGUAAAGCACGUUCUCUCUCUCUCUCUCUCUCUCUCAAAACUUUUAAAUGUCAAAUUUUAGUCCCUCAGCUUUUUUUUUUUGCUUUUUUUUCCUCAAUUUUGAAAAAUGUAUAUUUAUUGUCUGUUAAAUUUAUUAAAUUUGUCUAAAUUUA